AUGGGUAAGGAGGAGAAGCCGCAUAUCAACGUCGUGGUCAUCGGCCACGUCGACUCCGGCAAGUCUACGACUACCGGUCAUCUGAUCUACCAGUGCGGUGGUAUCGACAAGCGUACCAUCGAGAAGUUCGAGAAGGAAGCCGCUGAGCUGGGCAAGGGCUCCUUCAAGUACGCAUGGGUUCUUGACAAGCUCAAGGCCGAGCGUGAGCGCGGUAUCACCAUCGAUAUCGCUCUUUGGAAGUUCGAGACCCCCAAGUACUACGUCACCGUCAUUGACGCUCCCGGUCACCGUGACUUCAUCAAGAACAUGAUCACGGGCACGUCGCAGGCCGACUGCGCUAUCCUGAUCAUUGCUGCUGGUACGGGUGAGUUCGAGGCUGGUAUCUCCAAGGAUGGCCAGACCCGCGAGCACGCCCUGCUGGCCUACACCCUUGGUGUCCGGCAGCUCAUUGUCGCCAUCAACAAGAUGGACACCACCAAGUGGUCUGAGGCCCGUUACCAGGAGAUCAUCAAGGAGACCUCCAACUUCAUCAAGAAGGUCGGCUACAACCCCAAGACCGUUGCCUUUGUGCCCAUCUCCGGCUUCAACGGCGACAACAUGCUGGCUGCCUCCACCAACUGCCCCUGGUACAAGGGCUGGGAGAAGGAGGGCAAGAGCGGCAAGGUCACCGGCAAGACUCUGCUUGAGGCCAUCGAUGCUGUCGAGAUGCCCAAGCGCCCCACCGACAAGCCCCUGCGUCUGCCCCUCCAGGACGUCUACAAGAUUGGCGGUAUCGGCACAGUCCCGGUCGGCCGUAUCGAGACGGGCAUCAUCAAGCCCGGUAUGGUCGUCACCUUCGCUCCCUCCAACGUCACCACGGAAGUCAAGUCCGUCGAGAUGCACCACGAGCAGCUUACCGAGGGUGUCCCCGGUGACAACGUCGGCUUCAACGUCAAGAACGUCUCCGUCAAGGAGAUCCGUCGUGGUAACGUCGCCGGUGACAGCAAGAACGACCCGCCCAUGGGCGCUGCCUCGUUCAACGCUCAGGUCAUUGUCCUGAACCACCCCGGUCAGGUCGGUGCCGGUUACGCCCCGGUUCUGGACUGCCACACUGCCCACAUUGCGUGCAAGUUCGCCGAGAUCCUUGAGAAGAUCGACCGCCGUACCGGCAAGUCGGUUGAGAACAACCCCAAGUUCAUCAAGUCUGGUGACGCCGCCAUCGUCAAGCUGGUGCCCUCCAAGCCCAUGUGCGUUGAGGCCUUCACCGACUACCCGCCCCUGGGCCGCUUCGCCGUCCGUGACAUGCGCCAGACCGUUGCCGUCGGUGUCAUCAAGUCCGUCGAGAAGGCCGCUGCUGGUGCCGCCAAGGUCACCAAGUCGGCUGCCAAGGCUGCCAAGAAAUAG